GGGGAAUUUAGCAACUAUCACCAUUGAUUACAAAUCUGAGAUCACGUUCGAUCAGUUGAAUAGUCAUUGAGAGUUGGUGGUGAGCAGCGGUUUAGGUGAUUAAUUUGGAUAGUGAUGGCCACCAUUUUCCAGCUCGGUCCUGAUGCUCCUGUUGAGUGCUUGCCCGAGAACACGGGUUAUGAAGCGUCACAGUUGAUGGCGAAUAAGAGGGUGCACUGCCUGUUGGUGAUGCGCUCAAGGAGUCUUGUUGGGAUCGUCACGGCCAAGGACAUGGCGUAUAGGCUGACGGCAAAGGGGUUGGAUCCAAAGACCACGCUUGUUGAACAGUUGAUGACGUCUUGUCCCCUCUGCUUGCACAUGGAUACGCGGAUCACGGACGCGUUAACGACAAUGGUUGAUAAGAAUGUUCGUCAUCUACCUCUAUUGGACUCCCAAGGCGCCAUCACAGGCGUCUUGGACAUUACCCGGUGCUUCCACCAGGCCAUGUUGAGGUUGGAGCGAAUUGCCGCCAGUGCUCAAAGGCUCAAUUCUGUAUUGAAAGAGGUGGCGAGGGACUAUGGCGAUGUGCGCUCAGAACAGGCUGACCGCAUUGUCCAAGAUGUUAGAUCACUCAGUGACGUGAUUGAUAUUCCGACGCUCAAGACCGUGGGCUAUAAACCUGUUUGCUAUGUGGACUCACUAUCAACGGUAUACGACGCUGCACAGCUGAUGGAACAGCAAUCUACAACGGCACUGCUUGUACUUGAUGGGACUUCUAAUGAUCAUAAAGUGAUUGGUAUCUUUACAAGUAAGGAUAUAUGCAAUAGGGUUAUUGCCAGAGGUUAUAACCCAUCAAAGUGUACUGUCGCAAGGGUAUUGACAACGAGUCCUGAAUUUGCUAAAGACUCGCUCACUGUCAGUGCCGCGUUGAGGCUGAUGUACCAUGGGCAUUUCCUUAACUUGCCUGUAAUCAGCUCCACAACUAAUGACAUUGUGGGAAUUGUGAGUGUAUUGCAGCUAACAUACGCUGCACUUUCGCAAUUGGGUAAACGUCAUGAGUUGGACUCAGUUCAGAAGACUACCCUGGAUGAAGUCACAAGUAGACUUCCAGAUCAACUACCAUGGGAUACAUUCUGGAGUGCAAUGGAUAAAUCAAACGAUGAUAUACAGAGUUUGGAAUCUAGUGUAUCCCGAGGUCCUUCAAGAAAUCAAUCUCCCUCAAGCUCCAGAAGAACAUCUUUGAAUUACGUUUCAUCAACUUCGAGAAGACCGUCCACUAAUAAAGUGAAGUCAGAAGAUAACUUCCUGAUGUCACCACAGAGGGUUCCUUCCACGGAAUCAUUAUCAAGAAUUAGCUUCUAUUUGAAAAGGAAGACAGUAACGUUCCGCAUCAUCGAAGAGAAAACGGGAAUAGUGGAUAAAAUAAGCAUGGCAUUGAGUGACAACCUGACAUUAACGGAUGAUUUGAAACCGUUCACACUGUUACAGAAGGAGAUUGAGGAAAAAUUUGCUGGUAAACAUGAGCUGUUUUAUGAAGACAACGAGGGUGAUAUGGUCACCUUAACCACGGAAGCUGAUUUAAUGACGGCAAUUGCAUAUUCGGAGAGGUAUUCACAGGAUGAUAACCACUAUGUGGAACUUAUAAUCAGGCCCUACGCCACUAGUGAAGCGUACUUCACGAGAAUUUGGCAAGCGAUAAAGAGACUGACAUCAUCAUGGACCAGAUCAGGCAUUUUCACCGGUAUGGCACUCUUAUCAAUUGGCAUCAUUCUCGGGGCCACGGCUAGACCCAUGCUACGUGUAUAGCAUCACCUUGCCAUAUACCAAACAUAGCACACUUUAUAUUAAUGAGAUCUUAUGGGGAAAUUGAAGUAAGCGGGCCCAUCGCAGUGUUUGACGUG